GUAACCGCAGCCGCCUCGCAGUGUUCGUGUUUUGCGCCUCAAAGAAACGUAGAAAAUUAGACUAUAGUGGGCAUUCUACUACAACCAAGCAACACGCUUCAGUUUAAUCCUGAACUGGACUCGAGCCACACAGACGACGCAACAACCUCACCAAACACAACAGCCGGGUGGGGGAAACAACCCUGCUUUAAAUUUGCGCACCGGGAGGUAGAGCACAUUGCUAAACUGUGACAGCCUGAAGUGUAGCCUACUUGCUAACUGCACAGGUUUUGACUUCAGUGCAUACAUCUCUGGAAACUCAUGGCUAACUGAAACACGUCGCAGCAGUGUUGACAAUCAACAUUGUGAACUGCGUUGAUUAUGCCAUUGUGGAAUUAAAUGCUUGCUCUUAUAAUAAUGGGAAAGGCUAUUCCUGGACAAUUAUCGGAAUCAGCGACAUGAAACAUGAUGACGUUACAAUGGAACUCUUGACAAACCUGUGCACGGAGGUGUUCUACGCGUUCAGAAUGGCAACACUUUGAUUAGAUUUUUAAAGCAAGAAAACACUGAAAAAUUCCACCGCUGUGGACUGCAAAAAAACGGACGAUAGCCUACGACUUGAUUACUCACUAUACAUAUAUUAACACUUUUGUGGUAAAACGUGCACAAAGAAUAUUGAUGGAGCUGGAAAACAUUGUCGCAAAUACAGUACUACUGAAGGCGAGAGAAGGUGAAGGAGGGAAACGAAAAGGGAGAAGUAAGAAAUGGAGAGAAAUGUUACGAUUCCCGCACAUCUCACAGUGCAUUGAGCUGAAGAACAGUAUCGAACGGGAUUACUUCAGCCUUUGUGAGGAGCAGCCAAUUGGGAGAGAGCUUUUCCGCCUCUUCUGUAAGACCAGACCAGAGCUUUCAUGCUGCAUUCGUCUACUGGAUGCCAUGGAAAACUACGAAGUGAUGCCAAAUGAGAAGAGGAAGAACUGCGGCGAGAAAAUCAUCCAGCAGUUUCUCAACAAACAGUCCUUAGAGUGUGUUCCUGAGGUGGCUGAUAGCUACGGUCAGAAGUGUGGACAGACCCUGCAGAUCAGCCCCUGUAGGGACCUCUUCAGUGACUGCCAAAAGGCCCUUCAUGAGCACUUAAGUGGGGAGCCCUUCUCAGCCUAUCAGGCGAGCAUGUACUUUGAUCGGUUUCUACAGUGGAAAAUGCUGGAGAGACAGCCGGUCACAAAACACACUUUUCGGCAAUACCGUAUACUGGGAAAGGGCGGGUUUGGGGAGGUGUGGGCGUGCCAGGUGAGGGCCACGGGGAAGAUGUACGCCUGCAAGCAGAUGGAGAAGAAGAGGAUUAAGAAGAGGAAAGGGGAGUCCAUGGCCCUCAAUGAGAAGCAGAUCCUGGAGAGGGUCAACAGCAGGUUUGUGGUCAGCUUGGCCUACGCCUACGAAACCAAAGACCUCCUGUGUCUCGUGGUGACCAUCAUGAACGGAGGGGAUCUGAAGUUUCACAUCUACAACAUGGGCACGCCCGGGUUCGAUAGGGACAGGGUGCAGUUCUACGCCGCGGAGGUCUGCUGUGGCCUCGAGCACCUGCACAUGCAGUCCAUUGUCUACAGGGAUUUAAAACCAGAAAAUAUUCUUUUAGACGACAACGGACACAUCCGGAUAUCUGACCUGGGCCUGGCUGUGAAGCAGCGUAAGGGAGAGAAGGUUCGAGGCAGAGUGGGGACUGUAGGAUACAUGGCGCCGGAGGUCAUCAGUAAUGAGAGGUACGGCGUGAGCGCGGACUGGUGGGGGCUGGGCUGUCUCAUCUACGAGAUGACGGCGGGCCGCUCGCCCUUCCGCGCCCACCAGGAGCACGUGAGGAGGGAGGAGGUGGAGAGGAGGGUGCAGCAGCUCCGGGAGGAGUACAACAACAAGUUCACCGAGGACACCCAAUCCAUCUGCAGGAUGCUGUUAGCCAAAGAUCCAGAGCAGAGGUUGGGGUCCAGGUCAGAUGGGGUGAUGGGGGUGAAGGCUCAUCCUUUCUUCAGAAGCAUCGACUUCAAGAGGCUGGAAGCAGGGAUACUGAAGCCGUCCUUUGUACCAGACCCCAGAGCGGUGUACUGCAAAGAUGUGCUGGACAUUGACCAGUUCUCCACCGUCAAGGGCGUGAACCUGGACCAGAUAGACAGCAAUUUCUACGCUCAGUUCUCCACUGGCUGCAUCACCAUUCCCUGGCAGAAUGAGAUGAUUGAGACGGAGUGUUUUAAGGAAGUGAACGUGUUCGGGCCCGACGGCACCCGGCCCCCGGACCUGGAUUGGAAGAACGUUCCGGAGGUGGCCCCACGCCGCAGCCUGCUCGACCGCCUCUUCAAGAGACAGCAACCGGAGGUGACCACCAUGCCUUACAGCCGAAUGUCUUCCAGCACAAAUUCUGUGGACUCCCUGAUAAAUUAAGCCACCUGGUAUGGGAGGAUUGUUCCUCCCAAGGGCCCCAGACAGCAGGGAAUCUCUACAGGAGCACUGACCAGAACACUGACCAUGUCUAUGGAUUUACAAGAAUGUAUAACCAGGACUGCUGGAACAAAGAGACUUGGCAAGUCAAAGAAACUUAUUUUCAGUGAAGGACCACUGCAGGGAAACUAGUCCAUGUCUUUGUUGUUGUUAUUGUUAAUGUAUAUACACUCACAAGCGCACACACACUGGCUUUGCAUUGUGUAAAAUCAGGCCAAAGAUUGCUCUUCAAACUGUUUUUUGCUAUAAUGUUUUUUUUUGUUUUUUUUAAAUGGAGGAACUGACAUAGGGGCAGGGUGUUACCUGGAAAAUAUAGCUAAUAUUUAGAAGAAAAAAAAAUACCAGACACAAUUAAGCUGAGAAUACAACGUGAAGCAGCACAACCAACAAAGCAGGAAGUUAGAAACGGGUAAAAAAAACCCAUGACACUCUGCUGACACUCCGAUUGAGAGGUCCGGUCAGAUCAGACACUCAGAUCCAGCCAAACAUACUGCCAGUCACACUGCAAGUCUUCUUGUAGUCAACUUUUUAUUAAAAGUGCCAUUUCUUUUUCUUUUCUUUUGGCCAGCUAUAUAUGUACUGUAGAGAAAAUAAUAAUGUCUGAUUCUCAUG